GUUCUUUUCAUAAUGUGUUUUCUCGUGUGAUGUUGAAUGAUAAAUGCUUUCACUUACAACGAAAUACAGAUGUGUGGAUGAGCCAAAAUUCAUUUCCUGAAGAGAUUUGCUAAGUUGUGUUGAUUUGCAUAUUUGAAUGAGAAAAUGGCCACUAAAGAUACAAGGACAUUAAUAAGAUACCUAUCAGGAUUUGUUAUGGCUAUUCUGCUUAUGCAUGCAUGUGUUGUGGAAACACAUAAUUUCACAGAAACAAGCACGACUUUCCAGUUGAGCUACAAGGAUGAGCAACACCAUCAUAUGAUAAAAAGAGAUAUUUAUGAAUGUCUCGACCCAUCAUCAGUGUGUGGGCCGAACGCUUACUGUCACAAUAACAAUGGAAGUUACUCGUGCUCUUGUUGGACAGGAUAUAACAUCACUGAUGUAUCUCAAAAUAUUAGUAACAGUAAUCCAUGCAUUGAUGUGGAUGAAUGUGUUGAGAUUCCUGAGAUUUGUGGUCCAAACUCAAUCUGCAACAACACUGAUGGGAGUUACGAUUGCUGGUGUAUGAGUGGAUAUAAUGUAACAGACCCAAACCUCCCUAUAAACAUCAGUAACCCAUGCAUAGAUGUGAAUGAAUGCUACAAUAUUCCUGGGAUCUGUGGUGCAAACUCAAUCUGCAUCAACACUGAUGGGAGUUACAAUUGCUCGUGUAUGAGUGGAUAUAAUGUAACAGACCCGAACCUCCCUAUAAACAGCAGUAACCCAUGCACAGAUGUGGAUGAAUGUCAGGUGACUCCAUUUGUAUGUGCAAAUUCCAACUGCACAAAUGUAAAUGGAGGUUACAGUUGCUCAUGUUUGGAUGGAUUUACUGCAACGUUGCCAAAUCUUACCAUCAGCACAUGCGCAGACCCAGGUUCAUUUUAUCCAUAUGGAAUUGAAGACAUAGUGAAUGAACGCAUUGAUGAUGGAAGUUCUGCAGUGAUUUACCUCCUGCAACCAUAUAUAUUUUUUGGACUCACAUACAACCAAAUUUAUGUUAACAACAAUGGACACUUGACUUUUGAUACAGCAUGGUACAGCUACAGUCCCCAUGACUUCCAAGCAUAUGGUGGGAAAGACAUAAUUGCUCCACUCUGGACUGAUAUUGAUAACCGUUUAAACGGUGUCAUUUCAUAUCAGCAGUACACAUCUGGCAGUGUCCUGACACAAGCUACACAAGACAUAAACCAAUACUUCCCUGACCUCAACUUUUCUGCUUCAUGGGUCUUUGUUGCAACAUGGGACAAAGUGGCAUAUUAUCCAUAUUCAGGAACAGAAACAUCUUUCCAAGUGGUUUUGAUUUCGAAUGGCAAUUUCUCAUUUGUUUUAAUAAACUAUGGUACAAUUGCUCCAUCACACUUACCUGUACAGGCUGGUUAUGACAACAUCAACUCACGCUACUCAAUUUCUGAAAAACUGGAUAACUUCACAAGCUUAAAAUACAGCAGCAAUGUCAAUGUUUUAGGCAGAUGGGCCUUCAGAACAGAUCUCAGAUCACCGGGUUGUCAAUUCAAUGAUGUGAAUGAAAUUUAUGUGAAUUCAUCGGUAUGUGGUCCGAACUCAUACUGCACAAAUGUAAAUGAAGGGUACAGUUGUUCAUGUGUGGAUGGAUUUACAGCAACAUUCCCAAAUCUCACCAUCAACCUUAAUAACACAUGCACAGAUAUACCUGAAUGUCUCAGCAGCUCAUCUUUGGUGUGUGGACCAAACUCAUAUUGUCAGAAUUACAAUGGAAGCUACUCAUGCUCUUGUUUGAGAGGAUAUAAUGUUACAAACAUGAAUGAAACUGUUAGUAAUAGUAACCCAUGUACUGGUAAGUGUUUAAAUUAG